GCUGCGGGUGAGCAGACAGAGGCGUUGACCAUGUUUCUGAGUGAUGGAGUACACUUGACCAAGGAGGGAUACGAGCUCGUGUAUAACGAAUUGAUCGCCGCCAUAGCCCGGCACUACCCAGAGCUGCGCCAUGACAAGCUGACUGAGGCGUUUACGUUAAAGGAUGAUGUGGACCCGGACGAUCCCAGGGGCACGGCGUCAAGCAUACUCCGAGAAAGUCGAACCACUUGUACAAAAGCAAAUUUGUUGAUGAAAUUCGAGAACCCAGUCGAAGAUGACACGGCCGGAAUUCGAACGCCUCCCCAACAGCUCCGC